AGUGUUUACUAUCUUCGCCAUGAAACCAUAAAGUUUCUUUUGGAAGAACUUGGCCCCGAUGAUACCAUCGAAGAUCUGCUCAAGACUCUAUCUCACGUUCCUGAAUACAGCGAAAUACCAGUUCGGCACAAUGAGGACGUAGUAAAUACCCAGCUACAGCGUAAACUGCGGAUAAGAUUUGCUACAAGUGUUAUGGACUCUUCUCACACGAAAGCGCAUCUUUUGUUCCAGGCACAUUUCUCUCGUACAGACGUUCCAACUGAUUACCGUACGGAUAUGAAGAGUGUUCUAGAUCAGUGUGUGCGCAUACUACAGGCUAUGCGUGACGUAUGUCAGUUGAACGGUUGGCUAUCGACUGCGUUGAGAAUAACAAUACUGCAACAGAUGUGCCACACAGGACGAUGGCAUGAUGAUCACCCCUUACUGUGCUUGCCACAUCUGAAAAUCUACGAUGCUGAGAGGAUAGGGUAA